UUUCUCUUGACCAUUUCUAUUCCACUUCCUAUUCUUCCUUCCUUCCAUAAACUCAUUUUUUCUCUCUUCUCUUUCUUAUUUCGAUCUCAACAGCUUCUCUUCUACCACACGAUUUAGUUUUCAAUGAGAACAAACUUUGCAGCAAUCUUCUUAGUCUCCUUCUUUGUCUUUCCAGCUGUUAUUUUUGCUGUCAGAUCCUUUCCAGACAAAGCUGAUUGUAAUGGAGAUAAAACCCGGAUUGAAUUUGAUACGUCUAUGCAGUUUUCGGAGGCACCCGUGUAUCAAAAUGGUCUUGAAUGUCCAGUUUUGGCCUCAAAUUCUUUGUUAUUGGUGUGUGAUCCUUUGGUUGUUCAUGUUGCAAUGACACUUGAUCCAGAAUAUUUAAGAGGCACUCUAGCUGCAAUUCAUUCAGUUCUCAAGCACGCUUCUUGCCCGGAAAAUAUUUUCUUUCACUUCAUUGCUUCCGAUUCGAGCUCUCUUCAUUCUGAAGAACUUUCUCAUAUUGUUCGGGUCGCUUUUCCUUCUUUGACGUUCAAGGUUUAUGAGUUUAAAGAAUCUGUUGUUGUUGAUCUUAUCUCUUCCUCCAUCCGUCAAGCUCUUGAGAAUCCACUGAAUUAUGCGAGAAGUUACUUGGCCGACAUGCUUGAAAAUUGUGUUGAGCGGGUGAUUUAUCUGGAUUCUGAUACAAUAGUUGUUGAUGAUAUUCAGAAACUUUGGAGGGUUUCUUUAUCUGGGUCAAGAACAAUUGGAGCUCCAGAGUAUUGUCAUGCAAAUUUCACCAAGUAUUUCACGUAUGAGUUCUGGUUUAACAGUGAUUUCUCCAGGGUUUUUGAAGGGAAAAAUCCUUGUUACUUUAACACAGGAGUGAUGAUAAUGGAUUUAAAGAGAUGGAGGGAGAAUAAUUAUACAGGAAAGAUUGAGAAGUGGAUGAAAAUUCAGAAGGAGAAGAGGAUUUAUGAGCUGGGUUCUCUUCCACCAUUUUUAUUAGUAUUUGGUGGAGAUGUGGAAGCCAUUGAUCAUAGAUGGAAUCAACAUGGACUUGGAGGAGAUAAUGUGGUGAAUAGUUGCAGAAGAUUGCACCCAGGGCCGGUGAGUUUGCUCCAUUGGAGUGGGAAAGGGAAGCCCUGGGCGAGGCUUGACGCGAAGAAGCCUUGUCCAGUUGAUUAUUUGUGGGCACCUUAUGAUCUCUAUAAGUUUGGUAAACAUUCUGGGAACCAAGAACAGUGACAGCAAAAAUAUUGAUUCAUUCUUUUGGUUUUUGAUGAGUCUAAAUUUUUUUUUUGUAUAGACAGAGACACAGAGUUCAUGUAGAAAUACAUUUUUUCAUUAUUAAUUUUUUUCUGUAUUGUUAUAUUAUUGUAAAUGAUUUUGGUGGGAAGAAAGUAGAAGAUUUUGUUA